GAACUAAUCAAUUACCACAGUUAUCAUUAUAUAAGACCGUAUGAAAUGUUAUUUAUUUUAAAACGCUGGGUUUAGGGAAGCGCGAAAAACCACCCCCGCCUUCGGUCGAUAGUCAGCUGGUAUCGAUCACUUGUUUACAACCUUUUCGCAAUGUUUCCAACGUAAGCAAUCCGCGUAAAAACCGAAGUUUGUAAAUUCAGGAGCGAGGAACUGAAAAUGCUAAGCUUGUGCCGCUAAAGGAACCACCCAACCAAGCACCCACAGCGCCCACCCACUCCUAAGGCCAAAUGCUGCCCACAUACGAGCGUUUGAGCGAUCCCAAAAACGUCUUCUUCCGGCUUUCCUUCGCCAGGUUGGCUCUGCUGGCUCUGAGCUUGCCCCUCGGUGGAUUCUUCUUCUGCGUGGUUUGGUCACUGAGCUUUGACUUCGUUAGGAGCACCUACACCCACUGCGAUGUGACCAACUACCUGCCCUCCGUUUCCGCGGCCAUCGGAAACUAUGAGCCCCAAAAAACCGUCUGGCGACUGGCCAUUUUCUUGCAUUUGCCACUGCGGCUUGCGGUGGCCAAAAUCUACUUGGAACACUACAGGGAACACAUCCGCAGAAGCAGAAGGCUGCUGGGAAUCCUAGCCUGUUUCCUCAAUGUGGUGGAGGACUUCGCGCUGUUUUGUCUUUCCUUCUGGACCUCUGCGGAUCACUAUGAGACCCACAGAAACGCCUUUGUGGUAUUUAUCGCCUGCUCUGAGUGCUACAUGUUGGUUUCUUACCUGCUGAACAGGAACAUCCGAAAAACCGUGCUCCUGCCCCACGAGGAAAAGUCUUUGAGAUACAAGCGGAACCUGUUUUUGGUGAAUGUCGUGGCCUUCGGAUUGGCAGGAUACUGUUUUGUCCGGCACAAUUCACACUGUGAGGCGGGAGUUUAUACCUUCUUCGCGUUGUUCGAGUACAUCGUGGUGCUGACCAACAUGGGCUUCCACAUGACCGCCUACUGGGACUUUUACGCCCUCAACGUUGUGUGUGAUGCCAAGCAUGGCCUUUACCUAUCACAGUUCUAGAUCAAAGGGGAGGUCAAUCCCAGCCAGAGCCGCUUUAUCAUCCAGCCAGUCGUCCUCGAGUAUUCUGUACAAACGCGGUGUUAGCUUAAGCUCAAAGUUUACUUAAUUUUACCAAAGGAAACUUCUUUGAGGGAUUCCGAGAGAAAUCGAUUCAGUAUGAAACGAUCUAAUGCAUACACACGCUUUUAGUUAAGGCCCCAACACGAUUUUAUUAUGUGGUUCCAAAAUAUUAUAAGCUUAAAAAGUGUCUGAAAAAUUAGUGUAAUUCGAACCGAGUUCCGCGAUUAUGUAAUGCAAUAUUUAUACACGCGCUAAGUUAAGAAGAUGCUUUGGGAAGGUUGUUUUGUCACAAGACAAUUUGAAAGUGGCUUGAUGGUUAUAGUAUUUUGUUAGCAUACAAUUGUAUUUAUAUUAAUUGCGAUCAAUUUGUAAAUUAUACAUUUAAAUUUCA